AUGAAGAAGAAUCUGGAGAUCACCGUCAAGGACCUGCAGCACCGUCUAGUUGAAGCAGAGAAUAUUGCCAUGAAGGGUGGAAAGAAGCAACUCCAGAAACUGGAGACAAGGGUAGUGUUUGUAUAGUUAAGAUUAUAAUAGAACCUUAACUAUUAUUGAAGAUACAGAUGACAAUGUUAUGCUUGUAUUAUGUGGUGGUAAUAGUUGUUGGUUUCCAUCAGGUGAGAGAGCUGGAGAUUGAGCUAGAGUCAGAGCAGAAACACGCCUCAGAUGCUGUCAAAGGCUUACGCAAGUAUGAGCGCAGAAUCAAGGAGCUCACCUAUCAGGUAAAUGUCAGCUGGAUGGAUACACUGCAUGCGAAACUGCACCGUUGAUUUCCUCAUCACCACAGUUCUUUGGUGCAUGGCAAUUUAAAGAAUUCUCCAUAAUAGGCCCUAGGCUGCAUAAAAUGUGUCCUGUUUUAAAACAGUCUGAGGAGGAUAAAAAUAACAUCAUUAGACUUCAAGAACUGGUGGACAAGUUACAGCUGAAGGUCAAAGCCUACAAGAGACAGGCGGAGGAGGCUGUGAGUACAACUCAAUCCAGACCAGUUUACACACAUGGUUUUUAACCUCCCUUCAAAAUGUUGACACUUAAUCAAAUUUCAUUUUAUAGGAGGAGCAAGCCAAUACCCACUUGACCAAGUUCAGGAAGGUGCAGCAUGAGUUGGAGGAGGCUGAAGAGCGUGCUGACAUUGCUGAGACCCAGGUCAUGGGCAAGGUGAGUUGA